CGGUCGUCCCCACUAGAAGCCACUCUCUGUCUUUUGUUUGUUUUGCUACCGGAGGCCGCGGAGCAGCGGGUGCCUGCUGGAUGCCACGCGCUGCCGGGUGUGGAUUUGCCGGGCUCGCCCGCUCGGAUCCCACUACCCUUGCCUGCCGGGCCGCUCGAGUGCACGCGCCGCCAGGCUGCAAACGCCGCCAAGUAGAAUCCAGCCGAAGCUAUGUUUAUAAGCAUGGGCAGCUGAGAAGAUACAGCCCAGCAGAAGACUGACCUUUGAAAAUAUGUAUUUAGGAGAUAAUCACGUUCUAUUGAAUACCCUGUGCUGGUGCUGCCAUCGAAAAAUCUGGUUACAGUCUGGGGAGGCCUGCUACUGCUGCAGGACUGGACCAUCUCGGCCCUGA